AUGCACAUGAACAAGAGGAUCGGCCGCCUGAAGCAAUGGGCCGGAGAACGGAUGGGAGGAGAGGUCAAGACGUGCCAGUCUGAUGACUUCAAGGCCAUGGAGACCGAGAUGGGAGUGCGGCACGAGGGCGUCGACCGCAUUCACAAGUCUAUGACGGCCUAUGUCAAGGCUAUAUCGAAGCGCAACGAGGGCGAUGACAAGGAGAAGACUCUCCCCGUGGCGCAUUUGGGAAGUAGCAUGGUUACUCACGGAGAGGACUUUGAUCAAAACUCCGAAUAUGGGCAAUGCCUGACCAGAUACGGAAGGACCGAAGAGCGCAUUGCGCGCAUUCAAGAGCGUUACAUUGCUCAGGCGACUUCGAGCUGGCUUGAAUCCCUGGAGCGAUCCUUGACCCAGAUGAAGGACUAUCAGUCUGCUCGCAAGAAGCUUGAUGCCCGGCGUUUGGCAUACGACACCUCUCUUGCCAAGAUGGAAAAGGCAAAGCGAGAGGAUUUCCGCGUCGAAGAAGAACUGCGCAGCCAGAAGGCCAAAUACGAAGAGGCCAAUGACGAUGUGCUCCGCCGGAUGCAGGACAUCAAGGAAGCGGAAGUGGACAACGUAAUGGACAUGGGUUCCUUUUUAGACGCCCAGCUGGAGUACCACGAGCGCUGCCGCGAGGCGCUCCUGCAACUCAAGAGCGAAUGGCCAGGCAGGACCGGCCAAGUCCCAUCACCAAGCCGUCGCCCAACCAUCCGUGCGCGAUCGAACACGGCUAAUUCUUAUUCGGAGCGAUAUGAUCCUGUCCAGGAGGAGCUGGCCAGUGUCGCAGAGAGCCGUCCUACCAUUCGUUCCCACAGGACCAUCACGACCGAGUCCCCAGCACGAGAGCUCUACCCACCCACCAUUUCAUACACGCGAGGCACUCUCACCCGCACACCCACUUUCGAGGGGCCGUCGCAGCUGCGACAAGAACAGGCACCGGCCGCGUCCCAAUGGGUCCAGCGAACCGCGAGCGAUACCAUGACUAGCGGCCGAAACAGCACACUAUUCCCAAAUGGCCGACUUCCUAUUGACCCUUACGCCGAUUCCGAAGAGGUGAGCUCGUACGGACGUUCUAGCCCCGAACAGAGUUAUGGCAAUCGGUCAAACUCUCCUGCUACAUCUCACGGUAGCGUGGCAUCUCGGAGGCCUAGCGCAACCACCCUUAGCACAGCUGGACUGGCCAAGAAAGCACCACCGCCCCCUCCUCCCUGCCGUUCUAAGAAGCCUCCCCCCCACCACCCCCGAUGA